GUCCACAGCAGAGCGGUCACUGUAUGCAGGGACUUUCUGCAGCUACAUUCUCCCUGGGAAUGGCUUCCCCUACAAACAUGUUAGUUGAAGAGCAGGUGCACUGUUCCAUUUGCCUGGAUGUGUUCACCAAUCCGGUGUCCAUCCCCUGUGGACAUAACUUCUGCAUGGCCUGCAUCAGCAACUACUGGAAGACCAGUGCUCUCUUCAUGUGCCCCAUUUGCAAGAAGACCUUCUUCAAGCAGCCAGACAUUAGCAUCAAUACUGUGCUGCGUGAGAUUGCGGAGCAGUUCAAAGAAAUGAGGGCCAAACCUGUCCUGAAGCCCAGUAGUCAACAGAUCCUUGAGACAGAGCAAUAUCCAGAAGAACUCCCCACAGAAGUGCCAGAACUGAUCCCACCGAGCGGACUGUGGUCACAGCAUGUGUCCUGUGAUGUUUGCACUGGGCCCCAGCAACUGGCUGUGAAGUCCUGCCUGGUUUGCCUCACUUCGUACUGCGAGGAGCAUCUAAAGACGCACACGGCCAGGUUCACCAAGCACAAACUGAUCGAGCCGGUGCAGAAUCUAGAGGACCGCAUGUGUAAGAAGCACGAAAGGCUGCUGGAGCUGUUCUGUAAGAAAGAUCAAAUCAUGGUGUGCGUGCUCUGCACCGAGAUGGACCACAGGGCUCACUACACUGUGCCUGUUGAACGAGAAUGGAGCGAGAAGAAGGUUCAGCUGAGGAAAACUGAGGCAGAGGUUCAGCAGAUGAUCCAGGAACGGCUGAAGAAGGUGGAGGACAUUAAACACUGUGUGGAACUGAACAAAAGCAGCGCACAGAGAGAGAUCGAAGACAGCGUGCAGGUGUUCUCAGACCUGGUCCAUGCGGUCCAGAAGGCCCAGGCUGAGCUUGUUCUGGCCAUCGAAGAGAAGCAGAAGAAAACAGAGUGUUGGGCUCAGAGUCUCAUCGAGGAGCUAGAACAGGAGAUCACUGUGCUAAAGAUGAGGAACAGUGAGCUCAAUCAUCUUGCUCACACCGAAGACCACAUUCACUUUCUCCAGAACUUCCCAUCUCUGAUCACCCACCCACAAACUAAAGACUGGUCUGGGACCCAUGUGCACACAGACCAGUGCGUGGGGACCAUCAGGAGGGCCGUGUCCAAAUUGGAGGAGACCCUGACGGAGGAGAUAGAGAAACUGGCAGCAAAUGAGUUGAAGAGGAUUCAGAAAUACUCAGUGGACGUGAUCCUUGACCCUGACACGGCCAAUCCCUGGCUGCAGCUGUCCGAGGACAGGCGCCAAGUGCGUCACCUGGGCGCAUGGCAGGACCUACCAGACAACACUGAGCGAUUCGACACAGUGGUCAUCACCCUGGGCCAGGAGGGUUUUACCUCUGGCCGUCAUUACUGGGAGGUACAGGUUGGCGAAAAGGACGACUGGUACCUGGGCUUGGCUCGCGAGUCGGUCAACAGGAAGGGGCGGAUUUCGGUGAGCAUGACUCAAGGCUACUGGGCACUGGCUAUGAAGAAGGGACAGGGGUACCGAGUGUCCUCCUCCCCACCCCUCAUUCUCUCCAUCGAGCCCAAGCUGAAGAGGGUGGGCGUGUACGUGGACUUCGAGGAAGGACAGGUUUCGUUUUACAACGUACUGACGAGAAGCCACAUCUACACUUUCAUGGACUCCUUCAGAGAGAAACUCUACCCUUUCUUCUACCUGUACUGCUGCGAUAAGGCCUCAGACACGCUGAGCAUCUGCCCUGUUAUGGACAGAAUGCCCAACAAACAGUGCUGAGAAAGGGGGAACACUGAUGCUAGGAAGAUGUUGGCACUGAUUAGCUUCUACACCUUUAGAAAUAAAGUUACCAAGAAGGGGUAUUUGAAGCAAUGCCAUAGAAGACCAACUUUUGGUUCCUUAAAAAACCUUUCAAUGGUCCUUGAUAACCAAGAACGUCUUUUGUAAAUGAGACGUGUGAGUGUGAAGAACUUCCUCAAAGUUCAAAGGAAGAAGCAUUAAAUUAGUGUAGAACAUUUACAUUAUAUAAAUGUUCUCCAUAUCGUUCUUUGGGUUGUUCUAUUGUGGCAUUGCCCAAAGAAACCUUUGUGGUACCUUGUCUAAAGAUCAGCAAAUAGGGUUCUGUACAGUAUCAAGAAAGGUUCUAAGACUUGCAACAAAAGCAUUUCUUUGAAGAACCAUAAAUGACAUCAUAGAGAAGAACCACGUUUAAACAUGAAUGUUCCAAAAAUGUCGGAGCAACGCCAUAGAAAAAACUCUUUCACUUCUGUAAAUGAGAUAUGAGAGUGUGAAGAACCUUCUUGAAGUUUAAAGAACCUCCACAUCAUGUAAACGUUCCAGGAAAAAACCCUAAAUUGGUGUAGAACAUCUACAUUAUAAAAAGGUUCUCCAUAUCGCUCUUUGGCAGGUUCUUCUGUGGCAUUGCUCAAAGAAACCUUUGUGGCACCUUGUCUAAAGAUCAGCAAAUAGGGUUCUGUAUAGUAUCAAGAAAGGUUCUAUGACUUAGACUAAGAGUGGAGCCCUAUUCAGUGAAAUAGAGAAGCAUUUUUAAGCAAUUCUUUGAAGAACCAGGAAUGACAUCAUAGAGAAGAGCCAUUUUUAAAAAUGGGUCUUUUGAGUCACACCAUAGAAGAACCACUUUUAUAAAUGAGGAGGUUGUAAGAGGAAGAACGUGUAAAUUGUUACAGAACACUUAAAUUGUUCCUUUAUGUUUCUCAAAGAACCCUUUGAGGCACUUUUUGUUGCAGCAAAAAAGGGUUUCGUGUAGUGUCAAGAAAGGUUCUAUGACUUGGAACAACAGUGGAACCAUUUUUGGUGCUAUAAAGAACUUUUUUAAAAGAUUCUUUAAACAAUCAUAUAUGACACCAUAGAGAAGAACCAUUUAACCACAAAAAGUGCUUAAAGGGAUGAUUUACUUGCUAUAUAAUUAUGUUACACAUUACUCUUAAAUAUGUUUUUAAAUGUAUUAUUUUUAUUAUUGUUAUUAUUAUUAUUAAUUUAAUAAAUUAAUAGUGUCUCCUCCUGAUUUUAGUAAGGCCUAGUACGACUUACUGCAUGCGAAAAUUAGAACAUGCGUAAAAAUAAACUGUGA